AUGGAGAGAGAUUUUCUGGGUUUGAAAUGGAAUGAAUCAUCCCAAACCCUUAAACAGAUUACCAACAAUAACACAUUCAGUGAUUCGGUUAGUGGGAUGCAAUGGAGGUGGUGGGAUAAGAAUGAUUGUUGUUGCUCUCAAUUUCAGCCACACAAAGUGACUCAAGUAGAAAUGGGAGACACACUCACUUAUAAACUUUCUUCCUUGCCUAAGGAAUUGAAAUUCCCUUUCCAAUUUGAAACAACUGGGACCAGUAGUAAUGAUCAAUUUCCUGAAGGGAUUCCAUUUGUUGAAUGGUUUUCAACAUCUCCAACUCAUCAUCCAAGGAACAAAUCCAUGCAAUCCGAGUCCGCUAAUCGCUUAACCAUCAUUUACGAUGAUAAAGUCUAUGUUUUCGAGGAUAUUUCACCUGAUAAGGCUGAGGCCAUUAUACGUUUGGCGAAAGAUGAGUACUUUUGCUUGACAACAGAAGAUAUGAAACGAGUGCUGCAGCAAACAACAAUGGAUCUUCCCUUGAGCAAACCACCGGAGCCUCCUUCGAUCAUAUUCAAUUCCUUGGUAGAAUCUUCGUUGCCUACUUUUCCUGCAACGACUCUGCCUAAGGCUCGCAAAGCAACCUUGGAACAUUUUAUGAAGAAGCGCAAGAACCGGAACAAAUCCAUGCAAUCAGAGUCACCUAAUCGCUUAACCAUAAUUUACGAUGAUAAAGUCUAUGUUUUCGAGGAUAUUUCAAUUGAUAAGGCUGAGGCCAUUAUGCGUUCGGCCGAAGAUGAGUACUUUUGCUUGACAACUGAAGAUAUGAAACGAGUGCUGCAGCAAACAACAAUGGAGCUUCCCUAG